CAAUAAAACAUUUUCUUAUAAAUUUUAACAAUGUGAGUAAUAAUAACAAUAUUAAAGACAAUCUAUAUAUUUACAAUAAUAUCGAGAAAAAAAUACAAUCAAAAUGACGUGGUAUACGCACGGACGUGUUAAACUAUGGAUGUUAUGAGAUUGAUAACAGAUAAAUGCGCUGUAGCACAACCAGAGGAGCCAAUUUUACUGAAACUCCACAAACGAAUGCAUAGUAUUGCUUUAAAUUUCGUUAACGAAUUAGAAUUAGAAUUGAAUUACGCGAUUACACAGCUAGAAAUUUGACCAUUUAGAAAUAAAAUUUUGGUAAAAUUUCGUUGAAUGUGCAAUUACAUGAGACCCGGUUGAUGUCUUUUUUUUGAUAAUUUAUACACGUUUGCAGCUCGUAAUAUGAAAUCAGAUUCGCUCCUUUGGAUAAUUGAAGCUGUUAUUCAUAUUCAUUUGUAGCGGCCUAAAACACUACUUUUAAAAAAUAUUUCUUCAAGCCACGUAAACAUACGUUGAUUGUGGCGGAGAGACAACCACAUCCAUUUUAAAAAAAUUAUUUCGUAUGUUUAUCCUAAGCCUUAUCAAAAUAAGAUAAAACACACAAGCCUGAGAAAUGUCAAGACGUGACAGCAAUUAAAUAUCAGCUAUGGGACCUCCUGUGGUCGAGAUGCUUGUAGUCAUUGUUUUUGCCAAAUUCCUGUAACAAAAUUAACUUUGGGGUAAAGUAGAUUGAAAGGGAGCUAAAGGAGAUUUACCCUCCUAUAGAACACGAGUAUGGCACUCCUUCGGUAAAACUAUCACGGCUCAUUUCGUCGACCAUCGCCACUUUGAAGUGAUGUCCAAAACUGGCUAGAUCCUCGCGGAAAGCUUCACUAGCUGGGGUUAUUCCGCCACUUGCGGGUUGGACAGGAGUAGCAUCUGGUCCACUUUCCCCUUCUACGUCCAUAGCUUCAGCAUUUUUUUCUAAUGGGGCUGUCUCUUCAUCGUCAUUGUAUAUUUUAAAAUAAGCAAUUGCCAAAUAUAUUACGGACAAGAUAAAGGAGGGAAUUGGUAUUGCCAUAGCAUAGACCAAGUUCAUAUAGACCUGCCACAUGUCCAAAUGACUUAUCACCAUACUAGGGUCUACGCGACUGUAAUAGCACGUGUAAUUAGUACCUAUUCCUUUGUAUAACUUUAGAAAUAUGGAGCAAUUGAGCAUCGGAGGAUAACCACAACCCUUGACAUUUGGGAGUAAUCGCGCUUCACGGUAAUACCACUCGGAGUCUUCAUCAUCAUCCAAAAGACCCGUUUCUUCUUCUUCUUCUUCUUCUUCUUCUUCCUCCUCCUCCUCGGAAAAGCUCUUCUCGUAGUCGUACUCUUCCGGUAUGCUUCUUUCUUCUCUAGGAGUUCGGAUAUCCGGAGGUGCUGUCAGGUUGUAAUCGGGAGGUACUUUUUUAUAAUGAACAAGGAUUUGCGUGCAGUCAUAAAUAUCUUUGGUGCAUCCUUCACGACACGAAGUCCAACUACAAUUAGAGACACCUAACCGUCUAUCCACUCUUACUGUCAUACAUAACACGGGAGUCUCAUCAAACUCCAUAAAAAUAGUCGUAAAAGCCGGAUCAAUGACGAAAGGCACAAGGAAUAGAAAUGAAAACAAGCUAAAAGUGCCAAGCAACACGAAGAAUGCGGUAGUGUAGAAGAGUAACUUUUGUUGCCAAGUUUGCUUGAUCUCUGGCGCCUCCUCCAUGGUGCAAGAUAAAACGACUCCCUGGACCCCACCAUCUGCAUCCACACUCAGGCGCGAGCGGCUGCGGCCAGCUCACAGCAAAACCGCGAAUCCGCUCAACCCCAACGUUUUUUUAUUUCGGCUACAUAGCAGACAUUACACAUUAUCCAAUUAAACACUUUCGACAAUUUCAGUCUACAUUAUUUAACACUUGCUUGUGGUGACUCGUCUUGGCCACUUGGAGCACAUGCACGAAGUGCUGCUGCUCUGAACACUGCAGUCCGUAUUUACAGUAUCGAUUUUGGCGCCGGUCCCCGUCAGACGACCUAAACACCACUAGCACGCCGUCCUCCAUGUGAGGUGCCACUUCCGACCCAAAACCGCCCUUCCACGUAAGUAUUUGCACUUGAAAGCUUCACAAACACAUCCCUUCACGUUUCUUUACACCCUUUGUGCUUAAUUUCCGAUUUCGAGCUGUUUUUACAACUUCUGCGGGCAAUAUUGAUUAGGAGACGCCGCAGUGGGCUAUUGAUUCGGGACGCGCGCGUACACCCGGCGCAUUCACCAAUUUUCUAUACCAGUUCCGACCAUGAAGUGUUGCUAACCGUCAUGUUCUAAAGGCAAAAUGCCGAAAAAGAAGCCAGUGCCGGUCGAAGACCUCAUUAUCCCUCCACAAGACACUAGAAUAUGUGGAACGAUUUGUUUAUGUCAAAUGACUUUAGUUCUAAGUAGUGUAGCUAUUGUUUAUCUGACUGUGGCGAUUUAUGUUCCCUCGACUCGUGCUCUCAAAUCGGGAAUAUCAGAAGAUCCAGUUAUGUGCACAACGACACGAGCUGUUCAAGUCGAAGCGUGUGAUUGGGGAUCGUGUGGAGAAUGGUGUCUUAGUAAAACAUCCGGAGCUUGCAUGCAAAUCUACGUCAAUCUUAGACACAACGGUUCAAAUCUACUUUUAGCAAACUGUACAAAUACAGCUAAUAAAACUUGUUAUGGCAUUGACCAAGAAAAUGCCAAGAAGAGUCGUUGCAUUGCUGACGAUUGUAAAAACUUGACUGGAACUUUCAAUUGCACCACUGGUAUGUGUAUCAAUAUAACUGAUGCUUUCGAAUGUAUUUUCAAAGAUACUGAUCCACCUUUGAAAUGUUCAGGCCGAAGAGGUAAAAUCACUUGUAUUGAUUUGAACGGUUUAUAUAGUUGCAAUCGAGGAACAUGUGAACGAAUCCGAACACCAUACAAUUGCGACAGAAGAUGUGUUGAUAUCCCUACCAGAAACAAAAACGUGAUAUUACUAAGUGGUGACAAAGUUUAUCUGUCACAAUGUCAACGUGCGAUUGAUUUAGACAGUGGAGAAGAAGUUUGGAACGAAUCCCAAGACAAUAUCAUGAUGUCCUCUUGUUACAACAUCCUUAACACCACUCGAGGUGUAGUUGCCGUCGAUUGUGUCAACGGUUCUCUCCUCCCAAAUAAUGUCUUGAACGAUUUGACUAACUUCACGUAUCUGAGUUACCUCAGUGUGUUUAACACUGUUCCUUUGGACGAAAAACGCGUAAUAGCCCCCCCUGAACCCGAUUUGUUGAUCGCCAACGAGAGCAAACUCCUUAUCAACCUUGAAGGUUGUGUCAAUACUCUCCGCGAUGAAUGUAAGGAGUUUCUCCGCGUUUAUGGCAAAGAUGGUACCGACCAUAACGCUCGUGCCCGUUUCCCCUGCUUCUACUCGAAUGACAAUCCUGGAGUUGUGGUCGCCCGAUUCGAUUUAGCCACAACCACGAAACAAUUCCUCAUCGCGUCCGUUUUGCCUACGGUCCUUUUCGUUGUAUCCUGUCUCACCCUUAUUUUAUGUCAACGCACUGUUGUGGUUGGAGACGAUGCUAAAAUGCGUUUUCAGAGCUGCGUUGCUAGCGACGGGGAGACUCUCGAGAAGACAACUUCGGCGAAUAAUAUGACGGAUCGAGGCGGAGGGAACUCGAUAAUGGCACUUUGA